GAAUAAUCGAUGAGCCUCACGCGUGGAGGAGGAACCUUGCUCCCAAUCGCUCUCCACAAGCUUCACGAAGCAACAACAUCUACAACACCACAGACGCGGAUCAGUUCUUCUGUCGUUAAUCGGUUGGGCUACAGCGAAUAUGACGACCACAGACGCGGACCGAGUCACGGUCGCGAAGCUGAUUGGUCUUUGUCUGAGACGACGGGUUCCUCCCGACGACUUUGUUGUUUUAUUACGAGAGCUUGUUGCUCAGAAUUCUACUGAAGAUAGUUCGAUAUGCCACGACCUGCUCCAACCCCCACUGACCACCUUCACCGAUCCUCUCCUCGUCCGCUACAUCGUCUCCGCCUCGACCGCAAACCCGCCCCUCAUCUCCCUCUCAUCUCUUCUUCUCUCCCUCGAAGUCUCAGCAAACCCCGAAACACUAACAGAUGUCCUCGGUUCCCUCGCCUCUGCAGUCUCAUCAAACACCUGGACGCCCUCCCGCGCCGGCGUCGUCAGCGACCUCGUCAGCGUCCUCAGCAGACUCCUCACGCAGCUCGCGAGCAAUAACUCUGUCUACCUGAGCAUGAACAACGGCGAUCAAUCCGCCGUCGAGCUGAUCAGAGACGUGACCGCAGAGUUUACAAUCGCUUUGAGCUCGAAUAGUGAGUUUGCAAAGAUGUUUAAUGCUGCUGCAAAUAAAGAUCAACAAAACGAGUUUCAAACAGCUCUAGAAAUGUUCAUCAAUCACCUCCACAUCACGAAUCAGCCUCUAGCAGAAAAACUAUCUGCCGCGAUAUCAUCCAAUCUAAACAUAACCUCCUCUCUACCAACUCCCACAGCACCGGCCCUAGUCACUCAAGAAGUACCUGCCGCCCGUACAAAGGGUCAGGUAGAGAAACUCGAAUGGGUCGAAUCGCUACUUUCCGGGCCACGUCCGCAGUUUGGAUCGGCCGACUUUGCCACCCGGCUGACAGCUUUAUUCACGACGGAAAGCGGCGACGUCGCAAUCUCGUCCCUGACUUCGUCGUCGCUCGACGCGCUCUCGCACUGUGCAUUAUCCCAGGAAUCAAAUAGCAGCACGUACCGGGAAUCCUCGCGCGUCAAACUGUGGAAAGCGUUCAUAAUCAACAGACUGCCUCUUAUUUUCAAAAACCACCUCUCCGAGCUUCCAUCUGCCACUUUUGAGUACGCGCUGCGGAAACCGCUGCUGUCGAUCGACGAAAGCACGCUGGCGCUGCUGAACCGGCAGGACGAGAACGAGAUCGACAUGAUGUUCUCCACCGCCACGCCGUACGAUAUCAGGCGCGAGUUUUUGAAGAGUAUGGUGAAAUGCGGGUUAAUCGAACCGAACGCGAUCGAUCGGGUGGUUGGUGGUGGUCCGGCUAAUGAGAACGAUGGGAUGGGACAGGAUAUGACGGGCGAAGAGACGUCGGCUGAAAAGCUUCCGGGUAGCGUGGAGUUGAUCAUGGAGAUGGUCAAUAAUUCUUACGAUAGCGAGGGCGCGAUUAAGAUGGUGGUCGGGCAAGUUGUCGAGGCCGACUGUUUAACGCAGCAUCUAGCUAUUGAUGCCAUUAUCAGCCUCCUUGAGUCCUGGAUCGAGCAGCGCGAGACCUACAGACUUCGAAUACUGGCACAAGAAGUCGCGCACGACACGCAGGUCAUGAAUCUCAUGCUCGUCUACCGAGACCCUUACGAGAUUCUCAAGCCACUAAUCACUUGUCUCGACACUUGGCUCUACGAAGACGAAACAAAUUUCCAAGACAACUACACAGACUUUGGCGUCAUUUUGCUCUUCAUAUGUGCCUUCUACUACCAUUUCAAGCUCGACAUUCGCGAGCUAGGCGAGCUGGGCGAGCACUCGUUUGUGCGGAAAUACCUCACUUCGUCUGGUGCCGCGCAGCCUGCCGAGAUGCUGAAUGAAGAGAACCUAGAUCUGCUCGGGGGUUGGAUCACAGCGCUUUUCGAUACCAACGGAAUCUCAGACGAACUCAUGAAAUCAUGCACACCGAUGGCCUACUCCCUCCUAGUCCCCACGAUCUUCUACCAAGCCGUAACCGCCUGCAACCGCAACUUCCUCGACAUGGACACCCUCAAAGGCGGUCUCGAAUACUUCUUCCAACCCUUCCUCCUCGCCUCCAUCGUCGGCGCCCUGCACUGGCUCUCCCACCAUCUCUGGACCCUGCGCGACAUCAGCGUCCCGCUCCAGAUCCUCCAGGCUCUCGUCAUGCCGCCUUCGCUUCCCGACGAAGCCGUCCCGAUCCAUAAACUCGUCCUGAGAAUCGGCUCCGCGCCCGUGUAUCAUAACAUUCAGGAGAUUAUGAGUAAAGGAAACUCAGGUGGCGUGGUGCUUCCCGAUUCCGUAGAUUUGGUCGGCGUCAUUAAAGUAUUAACGCCCCAUCUCGACUUUCGCAAGGAGCUUUAGAUAUCUAUUUUUGUAUACUAGA